GGGAGGUUCAAGCUUUGCUGUACGGAAACCGGGAAGGUUACAGCUUUGCUGUACGGAAGCCGGGGAGGAGAGUCCUUGCUGCCGCCAUGCGAUUGUUCCCGGGGCUCCUGAUCUCUCACGGGAGAGUCGCUCGGCGGAUCGGGCUCGGUCCCCGCUCCAGGCUCGAUCUCCUCAGGAACCUCCUCACUGCGCUCGUCAGACAUGAACGGAUCGAGACAACCUGGGCCCGGGCGGACGAACUGCGGCCAUAUGCAGACAGGCUGAUUGAUUAUGGGAAGUGUGGAGACACUGAUGUCAAAGCUAUGAAGAUGGCUGACUUUUGGUUGACGGAAAAAGAUCUAAUUCACAAGCUGUUUAAGACUCUAGUUCCACGCUUCGGUUCUUCACACGGCGGCUACACUAGCAUGCAUCAGAUUCCCAACAGAGAGAGACUGGAUCGCGCCAAAAUGGCAGUAAUUGAGUACAAAGGAAAUCCCUUUCCCCCUCUAAUUGUGAGGAAACUGGACAGUGAUAAAACUCUACUGAAUCAGCUUCUGUUGGGCUACCGUCUAGAAAAGAAACUCCAGGUUUCAGCAUCUCCGAAGCCGGCCAGUGCAGCCCCAUUGUAAUGCUCGGCUUGAUCAAUCAAUGCUGUCUCCAGCUGCACUCAUCUGGAUCACCUUAAAAUUACCAUCUUUUCAGAUUUGCAGAUUUAUUUAAUUAUGUGAUCUAACAAUCAUUUCAUCCAUGUACCAUCAUUUCUUUCCAUUCUGCUAGUGGUAAACUUCGAACAUGGGGUUAUGGAAACCUUUCUUUAAAGGGUCUUCCCCAUUGCAAAUGACAUGCUGG